UCUUUUUCGCAGCGAUUGCGAGGAUAUGUUAAAAAGAAUUCGAUGGAUAUGACUACUUUUCUUGAUUUUUUGCAUAUGAACAAACAUAAAACUUUUCGUCCUAAAAAGAAGUUCCCUGUUGGCACUCUUCGUUAUAAUCUUCAUAAGCAAGCUCAGGCAACAUUACAUUCUGGUGUUGAUUUAAGAGCUGCCGUACGUCUGCCUGCUUCUGAAAAUUUUGAUGAUUGGUUGGCUGUACACACCGUUGACUUUUUUAAUCGAAUUAAUUUGCUUUACGGUACUGUUUGUGAUGUGUGUACUGCUAAAUCAUGCCCAAUAAUGAGUGGCGGAUCCAAAUACGAAUAUCUUUGGCAAGAUGGUGAAAAUUAUAAAAAGCCUACUCGAUUACCGGCUCCUGAAUACGUUUAUCUUUUGAUGGAUUGGAUUGAAAUCAGAAUUAAUGAUGAAACAAUUUUUCCUUCAAAUACGGCGGUUCCAUUUCCGCGAGAUUUUCGCCAAGUUUGUAAAAAAAUUUUAACACGAUUGUUUCGUGUUUUUGUUCAUAUUUAUAUUCACCAUUUUGACAGAAUCUCAUAUUUGGGCGCGAAAGAAAUGACUGAGCGGCUCAUUGAUAGUGCACCAAAAAGAAAUCGAGUUCUAUAUUAA